CAGCCCACAGGCAUCCUUCUUCCUCAUUAGUUGAGCUCAAAUCAGUCUAUGAUGACGAAAGGGCAAAACGUGGUUGCCUCUAUCACUCUUCGUCACUCAUACCUCAAAAAACUUGUCUUUCCAAAAGCGGUAAUGCAGACACAUCGUCAUCUUUUGCCCCCGACCUUACAGGGGCAUAGUCAACAAGCUGGUGCGACAUUGAAGAGUGGAAAUCAAGAGUUCUCAGUCACCUUCUCACUCGGACGAAGUAAUGAUCGUCUCGUUCUCCUGGAAACCGGCUGGAAAGACGUUGUUGACCAGCUUGGUUUGAAGGAAGGUGACGGGGUGACCAUUUCUUUGGACGAUAGAGCAAGUUCCACUUAUUUGAUUAAAUUGAUCGAAACAGUUUUAGCACCAGUUGAGGGGCCUCAGGCGGAAGAGGGCGACAUCUACCAAGGAGGGGAUGAUGCUCAUGCAAAAGUUGUGAAAUUUGACCUGAAUAAAUUACCGGAGGAAUCUGAUGAAGAGGAGAUAAAUUAAAGUAAUUAAGUGGGUUCACACUUACUAAUAAUAACAUGUAAUAGAUGUUGUAGUUGUUUCAUUUUGUUUCUUAUAUCCCUUUCAAUAAUAUUUCAUUUUGGCU